GAAAGAGGGAGGGUCUGCACAGUAGAGAGAGAGAGAAAAUAUGUAAAUAGGCAGCUUCAGUCACAGUGUAGACGGAGGUAGCUUCAGAGUGCAUGUGCACAGCGCUAUUUCAUUCACACUCUCUCUCUUUCUCACACACACACAUCCUAUCUCUCCUCCUUUCUCACUCACACGGACACACACCCUCGAGCAGAAGCAGCAGAGCAGUGUGGGUGUGAGGCAGCAUGAGAACUGAUAUCUGUACUUCUAUACAUACAGCUGGCUGAUGGACUAACUUAAUUACAACACACACACACACCCACUGUAUACGCACUUACUAUUGUUGAUAGACACACACUCACACUAGCACACACAACCUGUCUGCAGCCAGAAGUCAACAUGGGUCUUGUGAUGGGAACCUUUUCCAUGCAAGCCAAGCAGGUGAACUACCACAAAGACAAAGCCGAUGAUGACUUGGAGAUGACCAUGGUUUGCCAUAGACCGGAGGGCCUCGACCAGCUAGAAGCUAUAACCAACUUCACCAAAAGAGAGCUACAAGUGCUCUACAGGGGCUUUAAGAACGAGUGUCCAAGUGGCGUCGUGAACGAGGACACUUUCAAGCAGAUAUACUCGCAGUUCUUCCCACAUGGAGAUGCCAGCACCUACGCACACUACCUGUUCAACGCAUUUGACACAGCACAUAGCGGCUCCAUAAAGUUUGAGGACUUUGUAACAGCUCUGUCCAUCCUGCUGAGGGGCUCCAUCACUGAAAAGCUCCAGUGGACCUUUAACCUUUACGACAUCAACAGAGAUGGAUACAUCAACAAAGAGGAGAUGACGGACAUCGUCAGAGCGAUAUACGACAUGAUGGGAAAGUACACUUACCCUGUCCUGAAAAAUGACGCACCCAAACAGCAUGUGGAUGCCUUCUUUCAGAAAAUGGACAAAAACAGAGAUGGUGUGGUCACUCUGGAUGAGUUCAUCUUCUCUUGUCAAGAGGAUGAGAACAUCAUGAGGUCUCUACAGCUCUUUGAAAACGUCAUCUAGACAACAAAAAAGAGAGAGACGGUGCAAUAAAUGAAAGCACAUAGCGAGAGAAGACAACAAAGAAGAAAGAGAAGUGAACAUGCAAAAGAAAAGGAACAGCAUUACUUGCGAUUGAACUGAAACAUGGAUCUUGUCGCUUUGUGAGGGAUGGUUGCCACAAAUCUUCAGAGAAGGCACCUCGUUCUAACAAAUCCAUGGUGACAGAUAUUUUUGGAAAACGGCCUUUGGACUUAAACCCUUAAUUUGACCUUUGUGUAACCAUUUUCCUCAUCCCCGUCUCCCUCCGUUUGUUGCUGUCGUUACUCAGACUGUGUGUAUUUCAAGGCAUUGUGUAAAUACUGAUUCUCUCGCGUUUGAUCAAAUUCUUUUCUGAAACGUGUACAUUAAAAAGCAGGACUGGAAUUCCUAAAAAGCAGCCGAGCAGCGAGA